CGCCACACAUGGAUAUGUCAUCUUUUACCCUUUCCCAUCCUCCCCAACAUCACACCACUCCUCACUCCCACUUACCUUUCCCACUCGCUUGCUAUGCUACACUAUACAUGGCGAUGCUAUACAUGGUUUUGCCUGCGUGACGACAAGCGACGGCGUGAGAUGACAUGACAGCAGAUCACAUGAGAUGACAUGAGCCCGGGCCCCUAAAGUGCUUCGCACGUUAAAACGUUUUACUAAACUUGCAGUGCUGGGCCGACUGCUGGGCGGUGUGCUGCUGGCGGCAACCGCGCGGCUCAUGUCCGGUUCGCUGCAUCACGCCAUGCUAGACGGUGUGCUUCGUAGUCCGGUGUCUUUCUUCGACUCAUCGCCCCGAGGAAGGGUACUGAACCGCUUCGCCGGAGACCUGGACUACGUGGACGCCGAGUCGUUUGUUUCCGGCAAGCAGUGCGUUCAGGGGGCGCUGAUCACAGCCGCCAGCGUCGCGGUGGUCGCCACGCAGGCGCCUCUGGUUGUGCUGGUCACUGCAGUUGUAGCCGUCCUCGCCGCGAAGGGACUCUGCUUGGCCGUGAGCGCGUCGCACAGCUCGCGCUACUUCGACAGCGUGUCCACUUCGAAGCUGCUGCAGCACAUGACCGAGACCCUGGAGGCGUUGAGCAGCGUGAGAGCGUACGGCGUCCUGGAGAGGUUCCGGCGGCACUUCUACCGUAUCGACGAUAUGUGCCUGCGCGGCUAUUCCGCCUACUGCGCCUGCUUCCGUUUCUCGAGGGCUCUGACCGCUUCGGGCGGGCUCGUGGUCGUGCUCGCAGCGGUGCUCCUCAAUACCGUGGGCACGGCGGCUCCCGACCAGAGUAGCUUGGGUCUCGCUCUCAGCUCAGCCACAUCGAUUCCGCUGGCGUUGAUGAGCCUGUGCCUGACGAUGUUCAGCACUCUCCAGGUGAUUGUGUCCUUCGAGCGUUGCCUGGAAUACACGGAGCUCCCAGCUGAGAGUGAGCUCGACAGUACGCCUGGAGAAGAGAAACGGGAGCCUGGCAGCCUGCCUCUGCGUGAGAACUGGCCGUCCGAGGGUGCUGUCGAAUUUCGAAACUACUCCGCUUCCUAUCGACCUGGCAUUGCACCCGACGUUCUCAAUGGAGUCAGUUUCAUUGUGCAGCCUAUGCAGAAGGUGGGCGUAGUAGGACGGACGGGGGCCGGCAAGUCUUCCCUUGUGCUCGCUCUUUUGCGUUUCUUGAGAGCAUCGCAAGGGUUCAUCCUCGUCGACGGCGUCAACAUUGCCGAAGUUCCUUUAAAGAGGCUGCGCCGCGCCCUCACUGUCAUUCCGCAGGACCCCAGCCUGGUCCGGGGCACUUUGCGCACGAACUUGGACCCGACUGGGUCUCACUCCGACCACCAGCUUUGGCAGGCGCUGCACGACGUUCACCUGGAUUACUUGGUCAAAGGUCAUGCGGCAGGACUGGACAUGGAGACCGCUGACGGAGGCACGAACCUCAGCGUCGGUCAGCGCCAGUUGGUUUGCCUGGCCCGAGCCUUGCUUCGCGGCUCCAAGGUAUUGUUGCUGGACGAAGCCACCUCGCAGAUGGACGGCGACACGGACCGCCUGAUCCAGGCCACGCUCAGGGAGGCAUUCGUCAACAGCACGCUCAUCGCCAUAGCGCACCGGAUACACACCGUGCUCGACUACGACAGAAUACUCGUCAUGGACGAGGGAAGGGUAAAAGAGUUCGGCACGCCCACCUCUCUGCUCUCCGAUCCAAGCAGCUGCUUCUACAGGAUGGCCUUGGACGCUGGCGUCGCGCCUCAUCGAACUGAUCACCUACUCGCUAUCACAUCGUUGUGAAAGGACGUUUUCGAAUAAACUUUACAUACAGUGAAAGUGGUGCUCCUUGCGUUCAGGUAAGGACAGUCAGAGGAGGAACUUAUCACAUCGUUGUGAAAGGACGUUUUCGAAUAAACUUUACAUAGAGUGAAAGUGCUGCUCCUUGCGUUCAGGUAAGGACAGUCAG